AGUAGCUCUCCAAGAGGUCUCUGCCUUAGUGCGUAAAGUUGGGAAGGGGGCUUGGGACGCACUGCGCAGCACUUAUUAUCCUACAGGCUCCAUGUGCGUCUCCUCUGCGGGAUACUUGACAAGGAUUUGUGAUAUUUUGAUGGCACUACCCGCGCGGGUCACUGACAGAUGAAAACAGUGGCGUUUGGCGGAUGUUAAGGCGUUUUCACUCGAGAAGAUCAUCUGUCCUGGAGCGCAAAAAGGGACAUGGGUCAACUUUAUGGUGCGACUCUUUUACCAUUUGGCGCUAUCUGUGUCGUUUUCCUCUGGGAAUCUGGUGCCAGCUCCAUCAGGACGACGCUUGCAGUGGACACCUCAGGAAUGGAGUGUCCUGAUAAUAAAAUCUUGACGGUGGAAUAUCCCUGCAUUAGGGCCGAUGGGAAGAAUGGCACUUGCUUCAGGAGGAAAUGCUGUAAAGGAUUCAGGUUUGUGAUGGGCCAGUGCAUACCUGAAAGUGUGGAUGUGUGUGCUGCGUCACCUUGCGAGCAGCAGUGCACUGAUAACUUUGGACGAGUUGUCUGCACAUGCUAUCCUGGAUAUCGCUUUGACCGAGAAAGACACCGCAACCACAAAUCUCCAUACUGUCUGGACAUUGAUGAGUGUGAGGCCCCAGGCAGCAGUUUGUGUGACCACGAGUGUAUGAACACAGUGGGCAGCUUUGAGUGUCGCUGUCGCAGUGGUUACAUACUUGCAUCGGAUCAACGCUCUUGCAUCCCCAUACACAACUUGAGUUCAUCAGGGAAGUCAGAUACCUUGAUGAGUUCUGGUACCUGCUCAUUCACCUGUCAAGAUUUUAUGAACAUGAAAAAUAGUUUACUGCAGCUGAAACUCAAGCUGGGAAAUACACACUCACCCAACCAGGUACCUGGCUUGGCCAAUAGCAGUAAUAAACCAAGUCUGGGACGAGCAGGAAAAAAACCUGAUGGCCCAUGCCUUUCUGGUCUUCCUGGCCCUCCAGGAGCUCCUGGUGUCCCAGGACACCCAGGGCAACCUGGAAUGAGAGGUGACCUUGGGGAGAGGGGCCCUCCCGGACCUCCUGGCCCUCGGGGAGACAUGGGACCCAUGGGUCCAGAGCCUGACCUAAAGCACAUAAAGAGAGGCCGCAGGGGGCCAGUGGGACCACCCGGGGCGCCAGGAAGAGAUGGAUUAAAGGGUGACAGAGGAGCUCCAGGUCCCAGAGGCCCACCUGGUCCACCUGGCUCCUUCGACUUUCUUUUGCUAAUGAUGGCUGACAUCCGAAAUGACAUAAUCGAACUGCAAGAGAAGGUGUUUGGGGAGCAGCGGGGAAUCUCUCUGGACAGUCCUCCUCAUUCCAGCGGGGAAGCAGAUUUUGUAGAGUGGGGCUCUGGAAAAGGAGAUCACAUGCUUAAUACCUGACCUCUAACGUCCACCUCAGAGUAAAAAUUACUUGAUCCCAGCAAAUAACAUAUCAAUCCUGACUCUUUGCUUAGAGGAUAACGGAUGCUGGCGGUCAAAAUGUUAGCAUGUACAUAAUUCCUAACCUUAUGGCUGGGAUGAGCCUUGCUUGAACUCUCAACAAUGGUACAGACAGUAAAAGGGAGCAACAUAAAUUUUGAAAUCUGAUGCUUUGACCACUGCAAGCACUGUUUUGCUGCCUUUCAAUUGGAUGUGAGAGUGAAGGGUGUGCGUGCAGGACAUGGAGUGAGAAAGAUGCCGCGUGAGCCUUUAUGUCUGAGUCUCUGAGCUGUGCCUCUGAGCAGAACCACUUCAAACGACGGACUUUAUCGUCUACAUCUCUUCCUGUUCCUGAGUCUGUUCACGAAAGCUCUGCUGUGCCACUCACAGUUUGCCUCCAGGGCACUGGUAUGAGGACCCAGGCCCUGCGCUGUUACCCUCCUCAGCACCUGCCUGUAGCAUCCAGCCAUGAACACUGACUGUGCAGCUAACCUCUGAGGGGGUCUUCAGAAAAUAAAGAUAUAUGAGUAUGGUAUUGUUAAAAUUGUAAAAUUAAAGAAGCUCAAUUUUAAUUAAAAAAAAACAUUUAACAAAUAGAAAUCACCUGGUAUGUACCACUUAGAAAUAAUAUGAAGUGAUAUAAAUGAUUUUAAAAAGUAAACAAUGGACACAUAAUAAUCUUUAAACUCACUUGUUUAAUGGGUUAAUUAUGAACAUAUUCAAGAAGAAUGUUGAACAUCUUUUAAAAUUGGAGGCUGAGCCAGCAAGACAGACAAGAAGACGGCUGGUCAUUUAUUUUAUUUUAUUCUAUUUUAUUUUAUUUUUUUAAGUAAAUUAUGAAAAGGGUAAACUCAGUGCUUGUCAAGGUUUGUCUUAAUGUAGUUAUUUUGUAAUUUUCAAUUUGAAUUUGUUGUCCAUCAGUUUCAAAAGAUGUAAUAAUUAGUUGGUUUUCAACAAAGCAUGUAGCAAAAGUUACAGAGGAGAAUGAGAGCCAUGUUAAAAAACAUAUAUAUUACUGAUUAUUUUGAGAGUAAAGUCAAAAUGUCGAGAUUACAGCUGUUGUUUCAAGACAAACUGCCACAGCUGCUAUACUCUCUAAAAAUGCCUUGGUAGAUCAGUUAGUGAAACAAAUUGAUCAGUCAUCUUAUCAUGUCUUGUGACACAACAUUCAUGCUGUUUAUUGUAACCAGUGUUGGGAAGGUUACUUUUAAAAUGUAUUCCACUACAGAUUACAGAAUACAUGCCCCAAAAUGUAUUUUGCAAUGUAUUCCGUUACGUUACUCAAUGAGAGUAACGUAUUCUGAAUACUUUGGAUUACUUAAUAUAUUAUCAUGCUGUUUACAACUACAUGAAUGUGAUUUAUUACUAUUACUGAAGGUCCGCGGCUCCGAACCAUAGUAAAAGGACCUCUGGCUAAUACGUUGGGUUCCGUGUCGGGCUCGUAGCCGAAAAAUAGCUUUACUUUGUUGUCUGGGUCAAGUUUGCUAGCAAGAGGCGUUGAAAGGCUGCUCCAACGGAACUUAUUGUUUCGGAGGAAAACACGAACACGGUGUACAGUCGAGUCUUAAUAGCUUACUUACAACUGGGCUCGUCAGGCACUCUUCUUGGCUGCAGUGGUUAUUAUUAUAUUUACAUGCUUCCAGCUCCCGUUUCUGCUCAAUGACAACUCGUAUUUUUCCACUCUCCUUUUUCUUCCUCCUAACAGACACAUAACGGGUAUGGCAGUCCAUUCUCCCUGCAGCACGGACUACACUGCCCAUGAGGCUAUAUUCUUUAGGGCUAUGCCUGUAGCAUUCUGCCUAUUAGCUUAGCACAACAACAACAGCAAAAAGGCGCUCUCUCACCCAGGAAACACACAGUCGCAGAGAGAGCACGUCACCCUGUAACCAUGGCAACCGCAACGCUGCCGCCUGGAACAACAGAACAUAGCUGUCAAACAAAUCCCAAACAAUCCUGACCCGCGACAAUAUGAAACAGGAAAAUACCACCGUGUAAUCCAUUUAUUUCAACAAAGUAACUGUAUUCUAAAUACCACCUUUUUAAACGGUAACUGUAACGGAAUACAGUUACUCAUAUUUUGUAUUUUAAAUACAUAACAGCGGUACAUGUAUUCCGUUACUCCCCAACACUGAUUGUAACCAUUGAUACCCUUACAUCUGUCCACUGCCAGCCAUUUCAUUUUCCCAAAUCCACUCUUCUGUGUUUGUGUGUUUCUUUCCAUCUGACCAGAAGCAGCUUUCUGCACCUUAUACUGAUCACUAUACUGUGUUUAUGUGCUAAAGGAUUGAUAAUAUCAGUGGACCGCAACAUCAGGAAGAAGGAGCACAACAAAAUAAAGCAAAUGUGGAACUUAAAGCCCAAGAGGUCCCAAAAGAGAAACAGCACACUACGCAGAAUUCUCAAAUUACACAGAGCAAUAAUAUAUACACAAAUAUAAAACAGCUAAUAAUAGCCCUAAAUUAUCUAUUUUACUUCAGUUCAGCAUAAUAAAACUUUUAUAUGAAAAAUGUUUUAACAAGGUUGCUAGGAGCAACCAGGAGCAGACGCUAUCAGGAUUUAUCCUACCCAUGUGAAAAUGUGAACACAGUUUAAAAUGUGUCCACUAUAAGUACAUUACUAUGGAAAACUCAAUAAAAUAAUUUGAGACUCUAGUAUUUUCAUCUGGAGGAUUUUGGUGCUGAAUAAAUGUGUAUAAUAAUAAUAACAUAAUAAUCACCAAUUCAGUUUGAUAAGACAAUCUGAGGGGUUUUGUGCCAUAAAUGGAUAAGUAAUACAGUCCUCUCUUAAUAGCAAUUGCCAAAUUUAUAGCCCACACUCAUACUUUUUCAAUGUAUGUCCCAAGGGGUUGGAGCCUGUCCCAGAUGACACUGGAUAAAAAACAGACCACACUCAUACCAAUUCCAACUUUGAAUCUCCGGUUAUUCUAACAUGCACUGUUGUUGCACUGAAAAAGCAAGCUUGAGUAAUUGUGAAAAACGGACACAGGCACAACUCACUAAGAAAGACCCAGCCAACAGUAGUUUGAAAUCCAGAAACCUUCUGAGACAUAGUGCACUAACUACUCACCACUAAAAAGAGUAGAGCCAGACUCAAAUUCCCUGCUUGUGUGCACAAACUU